UACUAUUUUGAUUACUUGCAAAACUUGUUUCAUUUCCAAGAUUAUAUUACAAAAGCAAUCAAAUACAACAUAUGUAAAAUCCAUAAUUAUAUAACUCAAUCCACAUGUGGACACAAAGAUUUAUGUCGUCCAAGUGUCAUACACGGAGCAGAAAUGCUUGACAGUUUGAGAAACAAUCACAUUCUAUAAAACAUGUUCAUCAUGUGUCACGUCUCCUCAGUAAAUAAACAACACCUUUCUGAACCAAUGACACCUGCGCGGAAACUUUAAAUUCGGACGGCGUUAGGACCUGGGGUUUCAGCUAUUGAAGUUCACAGCAUGUGAUGAAUAGUCAGCUGUGUGACUGAGCCUACUCCAUUGAAAAACACGAGGAAAGAGAACGUCACAGAUUGCUGGAAACAAUUCAAAGGCUCAACUCCCAGCUCUCCACGCCGCAGACAUGGAUUGUGGAAUCAUAACAUCGAAAACCGUCCUUUUACUUCUCAGUUUAAUAUUUUGGGCUGCUGGAGGGGCCCUUGCCUAUGUUGGUUCUUAUGUGAUCAAAAGCUACAAUAACUUUGAAGACUUUGUGGCCGAUAGGUACACCCUCGUCCCUGCAGCCAUUAUAAUUGGAGUGGCUGUGGUCAUGUUUGUCAUUGGGACUGUUGGCUGCUGUGCAACUCUGAAGGAGUCCAAAGUUGGUUUAGGCUUUUUCCUUCUCAUCAUCAUGGUAAUCUUCGCUGCUGAGGUGACUGCCUUCGUGUUUGGCUUCAUCUACAGGGGCAGAAUAAAGGGUGACUUAGAAAAGUCAAUGAGUGAUGUCUUCCAGAAGUAUGAUGGUCUCAACACUGAAUCCCAUGCAGUGGAUUACUUGCAAUCUCAGCUGCAGUGCUGUGGGGUGCAGAACUUAACAGACUGGACAGCAACACCAUGGUAUGACCAACAUAACUCCGUUCCACACUCCUGCUGUAAAGCUAACACAACACAAUGCAGUGGGCUACUCAACCAACCGGAACUUCUAAACACACAGGGAUGUGAAUCUAAACUAGAGCAGAUGCUGCAGGAUGUGCUUAGUUAUGCAAUGUUGGUAAUCUUGGGAUUUGCCAUCAUAAAGUUGUUUGGGAUGCUCAGUAUCUGUGUCAUCACCUGCAGAAGCAAAAGGAAUGAUUACCAGCCUCUGUAUGCAUGACUGGAAAAUUAAGUCUCCUGAAUCCCCCUGUGAAACUGUCUCUACACUCUAUGCUGUGCAGCUAAAGACAGCCUCACUGGCACCAUGAAGAACAGAGGUUUGAGAACGCAUAUUUUGGAAGUGUGCCAGUAUUCCAAAUAUUCCACGUUUUUUUUUAAUGCCUUUGGUUUGAAUGCAAAGUUGUAAUUUAACUUGUUUUCAUCAUGAAAUACUGACAGGAAGCCACUGAGGCAUGUUGUCAGAAAAAAGAACACUGAACAAAAAAACAUGUUGCAUUCUUAAGUGCAUCUCAUAUUUCCUCCAUAAUUUUGACGGUUAAUGUUUUCCUGCCAAAAAGGUCGAUAAUAGACCUCAACAAAUACUGUAAACUCCCUAUCUCCCCAACCCAACAGAGUUUUAGGAAAGAUUACUACAACAGAGCUUUGCCAAGUGUGUUAUAGAACCUUAUUUAGGUCAGAAUUUAGAGUUAAUAAAUGCACCUUUUAAAAAUGUUAUGUUGUUUCUGUGUGCUUUAGAAUGUACACCAUGUUAUGUUCAGUGUUUUUCUUUUUUCUGCUGUCCAAAUGAUGUCUCUUAAUUUACUGUGAAUAUUAAACUGUCAUCUGUGAUGCAAUCAUGUAUGUGUGUUAUACCCAUUAAAAUUUUGUUCAACAGAGGAAUAUUAAAUUAUAGAAAUAAAUUAAA